UGUAAAUAUGGUUGUUUUCGUUGUACAUAUGGUUGUUUUCGUUGUAAAUAUGGUUGUUUUCCUUGUAAAUAUGGUUGUUUUCCUUGUAAAUAUGGUUGCUUUCCUUGUAAAUAUGGUUGUUUUCCGUGUAAAUAUAGUUGUUUUCCUUAUAAAUAUGGUUGUUUUCCUUGUAAAUAUGGUUGUUUUCCUUGUAAAUAUGGUUGCUUUCCUUGUAAAUAUGGUGGUUUUUCUUGUAAAUAUGGUUGUUUUCCUUGUAAAUAA